AUGGCAACGGCAGCUAGGAAAAAGGUGCUUCUAAAGGUUAUUAUUCUUGGCGAUUCUGGUGUCGGCAAGACUUCUUUGAUGAACCAAUAUGUCAACAAGCGUUUCUCUGCAGCGUACAAAGCCACGAUUGGUGCGGAUUUCCUCACCCGUGAAGUGAUUGUCGACGGGCGCCUCGUCACGAUGCAGCUCUGGGAUACUGCCGGCCAGGAGCGAUUUCAAUCGCUCGGCGUUGCAUUCUACCGUGGAGCUGACUGCUGUGUGCUUGUGCACGACGUGAAUAACCCAAAAUCCUUUGAGUCGCUUGAUAGCUGGCGCGACGAGUUUUUGAUCCAGGCGAGCCCCCACGACCCCGACCACUUUCCCUUUGUCGUACUUGGCAACAAGAUUGAUAUGGAGGAAAGCAAGCGUGUGGUAACGCAGAAGCGUGUCUUAAACUGGUGCCAGAGCAAAGGCAAUAUCCCCUACUUUGAGACCUCCGCAAAAGAGGCCAUCAAUGUGGAGCAGGCGUUCCAAACGAUUGCCAAGAAUGCACUGCAGCAGGAGGCAGAGGCGGAGCUGUAUACAGACUACCCCGAUCCCAUCAGGAUUGAUGCUGCAAACCCACGGUCCAGUGGGUGCAAUUGCUAG